AUGGAGGCUGAGAAUUUGAUGAAGCUUUCUCUUCUCCAACGUAGAAACGGCGUCGUUUCACAAACCCUAGACUUAGAGCUUGUCUCCGUCGACAAAUCCUCCGAUGAUCCUCUUCCAUUUUACACCUCUCUUAAAGACAUCCUCCCCUCCACCACAACCACCGUAGAUUCUCCCGACGUCUCCUCCACCGCCGGUCCGACCAUCUUGAUUCGCAACCGCCUUGUAAAGCAAGCCGCAUGUGCCUAUCUUCAGCCCUCUACUCCAACUCCUUCCUCUAAUCCAUCAUUCAUCCGCCGUGUCUCCUCCUUCUUUUGCCGACUCUGCUCCGCCUUCUUCGAUUCUCUCCUCCAACUUUUCCCAUCUCCCCGGAAAAUCUUCACAGCUUAG